AUGGCCGAACCACCUGUUCAACAGUUUCCACAUUCCGAGCUUCAACCAAAACCUUCCCCUUCUUUACUGGCUUGUUUGCUCUGUCGCAGAAAACAUCUCAAAUGUGAUGGACAAACGCCUAUCUGUGGCCGUUGUGUUUCAACAGGCUCCGAAUGUGAAUAUACCAAAUCUCGUCGAGGUUUUCAGGGUCAGUCUAAAAAACGUCGUGCUCGAGAAUCCUCCAAUGGGGUUCUCAAUAUAAGCAACCCCUCCGCGGAGUGGCAAGUUCAGGAAUCUUUCCAGUAUACUCCUGCCAUCCCAGUUUCAUCAUCUGGAUCUUUAAGUCCUGGUAUGAACAACACGUCUGUCACAAUGGCACCGCCUGUUUCGCGCUCUUUGACGGGGCCGGGGCCGCUCACUCCGGAAUCGGUCUCGUCGAUCGCUGGUGAUGGGUACCUGCUGGAUAUCUACUAUACCUAUUUUCACUCAGCUCACCCGAUCCUUCCGCCCCUGCGGUUCCUUUUUCGCGCUGCUUUUCCGCCGUUUUUGGAACAUGUAAUGAAAUUUAUUGCUUCUCACUUUACCCCAGCUGCUUCAAGUGAGACAUAUCGUCCCAAUGUCGUUACUGGAGUUCACGAGCAAGAGUCAUCCGUCGAAAAGGUGCAGGCACUUCUUCUGCUGGCAAUUGUGCUGCAUUCACGCAAUGAACGGAGCGAAGCCGGCGUUUGUCUGGCUACCGCUGUGGACGUGGCAUUCGAACUGGGAAUGCACCAAGCAACGUUCUCUGAGCUUGCCAGCAAUGGCGACCCAAUUCGUGCCGAGUGUUUACGCCGAACAUGGUGGGAACUUUUCGUAAUCGAAGGCCUGCUUACGGCUUUGGGGGUACAGCAGGUCUACCGUACCAAUUUAGUUCCGCCUGUUGUGCCGCUUCCUUGUGAGGAACGCAUCUAUCAGGACGGUCUCACCCCACCCCCGGCUCCAACAAUCACUCAGUUUGACGAGCGCGUGUUUGCAGACGAUGAGCGGGAUUUUUCGUCUUACUGUUAUCGCAUUGAGGCAGUGCGUGUUCUUGGCCGAGUAGUGGCGACGCAGGAUAUGGUGGAAGGGCAGCAGGACCAGGUUGAAGCCAUUGACGCGCGAAUUGCUAGCUGGUUCCACCACCUUCCCGAUUCUAAGUUAGAGUUGAUUCGGCCCGAUGGCUCCGUCGAUGAGAUCAUGUUCCAGGCAACUAUGAUCAUCAACGGCGCUUCUAUUUAUUUGAAUUUCCCGCGGUCAGAUCUGUUGUCGUCCCCCGCCGUCGCCUCGGAGGUGAUUUGUGGCCACCACGGUCCCAUUAGUGUUCCCGCCUUCUCUCAUCACGUCCAUGCCAUGAAGGCCGUCAGGGCGGCAAGUGAACUGUCAUCGCUCGCAGCCAUUCGUCUCCCAGUUGAGCGCCACACCCCAUUCUUCAUCUGCGCGCUCACACUCAGUUCCAUUGUUCAGCUGGCCGCAUGCUCCGUCAAGGCAGGCAGCAUGCCCGACCCCAGCCGUGAUCGCAUCGGUCUUACCAUCGGCGUAUUCAAGUCUCUGGCGAAGACUUGGGCCAUUUCACAAUCCAUCAUGCGCCAAAUCAAGGCCGUAUCGCGGGACGUAUUGGAACUCGGUGUGCGACCAAACAUGGAUCACAUCGAUCUUACCUCGAUGCUUGAUGGUGGGCUUUUCUGGCCACAGGAAGGCCCCAGCUGA